ACCAUGCAUUUUGCUGGCUUUCUGCCUUGAAUGCCGGAUCGAGUCGUUCAAAAUCUCCGGAUGCCAUCAUUGAAAACGAGCAAGAAUCGAACGCGUUGACCAUUCGAUUUUUUUCUCAGAUCUCAGUGAUCCUUCCUUAGAUCGUUUUCUCUUCCGGUAUGGAAGAAGAUAGUCCUCACUCGUGCCUUCCAUUGCGAGAUUUCUAUAUCCCUAGUUACAUACUAGUACCAGAAUCAGAAAGGGAAGAAGUUGCAGAAGAACCAAUAUGUCCUGUUAUUGUUUUUGUCAAUUCCAGAAGUGGUGGUCAGCUAGGAGGUGAUUUGAUUAAAACAUAUCGUGAGCUUCUCAAUAAAGUUCAGGUUUUUGAUUUGGGUGAGGAGGCUCCUGAUAAAGUUCUGUACAAUCUUUAUGCCAACUUUGAGAAGCUGAAGUCUGAGGGUGAUAGGUUUGCUAAUCAUAUUGAGAAGAAAUUGAGAUUAAUAGUUGCAGGUGGUGAUGGUACAGCUGGUUGGCUUCUUGGUGUAGUUUGUGAUCUUAAACUUGUUCAGCCACCUCCAAUUGCCACUGUACCUUUGGGAACAGGAAACAAUCUUCCCUUCUCAUUUGGUUGGGGAAAGAAGAACCCUGGUACAGACCAUCAUUCAGUGAAAUUUUUCCUUAAUCAAGUCAAGGAAGCAAAGGAGAUGAAAAUUGAUAGCUGGCAUAUUGUUAUGAGGAUGAAAGCUCCCAAGGAGGGUACCUGUGAUCCAAUUGCUCCUCUCGAAUUACCACAUUCCCUUCAUGCAUUUCAGCGCGUAUCAAGCUCAGACUCACUUAAUAUGGAAGGCUAUCAUACUUUUCGUGGUGGUUUUUGGAACUACUUCAGUAUGGGAAUGGAUGCCCAAGUAUCAUAUGCAUUUCAUUCUGAGCGGAAGCUACACCCUGAAAAGUUUAAGAACCAGAUAGUUAAUCAGACUACAUAUGCUAAACUUGGGUGCACACAGGGGUGGUUUUUUGCUUCUUUGGUUCACCCUUCUUCAAGGAAUAUCGCACAGCUUGCUAAAGUGAAGAUCAUGAAAAGUCCAGGGCACUGGGAAGAUCUCAAUGUUCCUCAUAGCAUUCGUUCAAUCCUUUGUCUCAAUUUACCCAGUUUUUCUGGGGGCCUCAAUCCAUGGGGAACUCCUAAUCAGAAGAAAACAAGAGACAGGGAUCUUACUCGACCAUAUGUUGAUGAUGGCCUUCUCGAAGUGGUCGGUUUUCGUGAUGCCUGGCACGGGCUCGUUCUGCUAGCUCCAAAUGGGCAUGGAACUCGUCUUGCACAGGCACACAGAAUCCGUUUUGAGUUCCACAAGGGCGCGGCAGAUCACACAUUUAUGAGAAUUGAUGGGGAACCAUGGAAGCAGCCUCUACCGAAGGAUGACGACACAGUAGUUGUCGAAAUUUCUCAUCUGGGGCAGGUCAAUAUGUUGGCCACUCGUGACUGCAUCUCCAAAAGCAUUAAUGAUCCUUCGACACCAGUGAGCCACCAUAGGAAUGGGGACGACAGUGAGGACUCUGACGGUGAAUGGGACGGAGGGAGGAAGAAGUUUGGUGCAGCAGAGACGUUCAAGAUCCCUGAGGAUACAGAUAUUGCUCAUCUUAGUUAAGUUCUCAGAUUUGACUUGCCUAUUCAUAUCUAUAAUUUGCGCUUGCAGUGGUGUCCAUUUGGGUUGAUUUAUUGUCACCUCGUAAUUGUGAGAUCGUGUGAUUGUUGAAAACUGAUCCCUACACAAUAAUAAAAACAUGAUUGGAUUUAA